AGAGAGCACAGAGAGAGAGAGAGAGUCUCAGUCUGUCAUUAACCAGACUGCUGAGUUUAAUUUAGACUUCACAGAUUUGAUCCAAACUCCAGACGGAUAAAGAAACACGCAGAAUGGGUGUUCAGGUCAUGUUCGUCGUCCUUUUCAUGUUUUUAGCCACAGUGGAAUCUCAAAAAGGAGGAGUCUCAUUCUGGAGAGACAAAGUUACUCUGACCUGUCCACAAAACGGAACAUGGAAGAAUAACAUGGAAAAUAAAAAUGCUUUAGAACCUGGUGAAACUCAUGAAUUCCACUUUAAAGGCCAGGCCCAAUAUUAUUGUGAAUAUGACAGUAAUGAAGGGGAGAAGAUAAAAUACUACUUCUUCGUAAAAGGGAAGGCCUGUGAAAACUGCUUUGAGGUGGACGGAUUGCUGUUCUUGCUGGUGAUUCUCGUGGAUGUGAUCGGGACUGCGGUGAUGAUGAGGAUAAUCUACGUUUGCACCAAGAGGAAACACCCAAAUGUACCGCUUCAACCCCCAAGAGCACGUAGAACCCGGCCUCAAGCGGACCAAUCUUCUGCCUAUGAGGUGGGUAUUGUCAGGAACAGAUUAUUUAGGAUGGCUGUUCAGGCUGUGUUCGCUGUCAUCUUCAUGUUUGCAACUUCCGUGAAGGCUGAAACUGUUAAAGGAGGAGCAACAUUCUGGAAAAAGGAAGUCACACUAACCUGUCCUGAGAGUGAUAGUGUAACCUGGUACAAGGAAAAAUCAACAACUCCAGAAACUACAGAAAAUUCAGCAAAUUCAUUUACAUUCACAUAUGAGCGCCAAGUCCAAUACAAAUGUCAAUACGCGAAAGAUGGAUCUGCAACUGACACAGUGAAUUAUUAUUUCUAUGUCAAAGGAAAAGCCUGUAAGAACUGCUUUGAACUGGAUCCAAAGAUCUUUCUGGGGAUCAUUGUUGCGAAUGUGAUUGGGACCGCUAUUGUGAUGAUGAUAAUCUACAGGUGCUCCAAGAAGAAAAGCUCAGAUGGACCAAGCCCCUCUAUUAAACCGACUCCGAGAGCUGGGCACCGGGCUCCACAUGGUCCAUCUGCUGAGUAUGAGACACUCAACCCUAACACUCGAUCACAGGACACCUACUCUACUGUUGUGAACAGUGGUAUGGUGAACAGGACUGGAUAGAGACAUCUCCUCUACAAUUAUAAAACUCCUUACAUACAUCCUCACAUAUUUUAAUUUUUCUUUACUGCAAAUCCCAAAUUUAAUAAUGGUGUAGCUUCAUACUGAAAAGUAGAAAUGUGCAGUUCUUGUACAUUAUGCCAGCUUGAAGUCAUUUUAUGGUAUGCAGCCUUAAAACAUUAAAACAAAAGCAAUAAACAUUGUUGACAGUUGACACAAACCAUUUUGUUCUACUUGUCUAUUAAAACAGCUUAUACAGCAUAAGUGAAAGAAUAAUUUAUGGCAGAUGUGUUAAAAAUGAAGUUAAUAUGUUAUAUAGUAAUGAUUUUAAAAAGUACAUCUUUAUUUUUAUGUAUCUGGGGUUUUAUAGGGGUUUUUUCUUUUCAUUUACAUUCAGUUUAUUUACAUGGCACAACUCAUGUCUCAAAGAAAUUUACAAAGGAAAAAACAGCUUAAGGUAAAUUUAGAAUAUGUUUCAAACUAGCAAAGAACAGAAAGUUUAUAUAUGUAAACCUUAGCAAGAACGAAGGUGGACUGGUUUAAUUUUUACCACUAAUUAGAACUUUCAGUUUUACCAAUUAAGGGCAUCUUGCUGCUCUAUAUGUAUAUUAUGCUUUGAAUAUUCAAACUUUUUAUUAGAUUCAAUAAAUAUCACACCUGUAUGAUCAAACUCAGUUAUUUGCUUUAUUGUUUUUUCUAACUGUAUUUGUGCUUUUACUGAUGUUUAUAUUAUACAAGCAGCAAGUUUUGUCAGCUGUUUUCUUUCAUUCUCUUUUUUUCUUUUUGUUUUUAUAUUUUUCUCUGUAUUAAGUGUCUCUAAUUGAAAUAAACAUGGGUAAACCUC